AUGCUAAACAACACGGACGGGCCCAAAAACCCAGACGGGCCAGACGACCAAGAUGGGCCCGACGACCAGGACAGGCCUGACAACCCGAACAUGCCAGACAACACGGACGGGCCCGACGAACCAAACGGGCCCGAAAACCCGGACGGGCCAGACAAGCCAGAUGGGCCCUACAACCCAGAUGGGCCCUACGACCCAGACGAGCCCAACGAUCUAAACGGGCCGACGACCCGAACGAGCCCAACGAUUCAAACAGGCCCAAUGAUCCAGACAGACCCAAUGACCCGAACGGGCAGACGACUCGCCCGUCCGGGUAGUCGGACUCGUCUGGGUCGUCGGGCUCAUCCUGGUCAUCGGGCCCGUUCUGGUUGUCGGGUCCGUUUGGGUCGUCGGGCCCGUCCUAGUUGUCGGGUCCGUCUGGGUCGUCGGCCUCGUCUAGGUCUUCGGUCCCGUACGUGUCUUCGGGCCCGUUCAGGUCGUAGGGCCCGUCUGGGUCGUAAGGCCCGUUUGGGUUGUCAGGUCCAUACAGGUUGUCGGGCCCGUUGGGGUCGUUUGUCCCGUCCGGGUUGUCGGGCGCGUCUAGGUCGUAUGGCUCGUCUUAGUCGUUAG